AUGUUUCGGGGAAACAGGAUUCAAAUGAACAAGAUACUACAGGCUGGGGAGAUGAUAAUGUGGUGGUGCCGGUUCAAUCAUGGGCUAUCGUACAUGAUUCGCCGCCGUGAGUUAAUCACUCCAUGGGCCGAAACAGUGGGCUAUAAACACUUGGCCCAUAUACAAGUAUUAAGCCCGGCCUGUUCUUUGAUAAGGGCCCGCCAAACAAAUACGCCAUCCAUCCUUCUUCGCUCAAAAGCGAAAAGCCCCUUUCGUUCAUCUACGCGAGUCGUGGCUACGUCUAUUCUCGUUCAAAAAUUUGAAAGAUUAGUUGAAAAUCGGAAUCCGUCGUUUUUCAUUAAGAACUCAGUAUCACUGACACUCCAUCGUCUUCAGUUUUAG